UAUAACCCCAAACUUCGUAAAUCUUCUGUGGAAACUUCUGCUUAAACCUCAGUUAUACUGUCCACUGCAUCAGUUACGUAGGAUUCAAGGUCGCCUGUCCUGUAGUUUAGCAUCCGCCUUUAGGCAUGGGGCGCUUCUUCCUCCUCAGUGGCGGCGCGGCGGCCGCAGCACGUGCAAGCGCACGGCUGUUCACCUUCCAGGUGCAUGCAGGAUAGGCAAGAGAUACACCUGCGUCCUAUGCGGUUAAAGGCUUCCCUUCAUUUCUGCAAGACAGGAGCUUUGCGUAAAGUUUCUGAGGGAGGUAAACUGCCAUUGAGUUCUGUCCAGUACUGAAUUGAAAAGAUUGCAUUCCUCUUUGACUAUAAGGAAUUUAGCAAGUAUGCUGUGUUGUGGCCUCUUGUUUCUACAUAAUUCAGCUUUUCUCUCUAACUCUUGGAUCAAAAAUUGCCACAGUAAUUCAAGGAAAUGUUAAACUGCAGAGUUCUUUUUUACGAAUGUAACAAUUAAAAACAAUGGACAGAUGAUAUCAGUUGAACUGCAUUUGGCAGCUGACUUUAUCACAGUAGCAAGCAACUGCGUUACCAGUGCCAAACUGCAAGGAUUUUUAUUACCCUAGCCGCUGGGAAUUAUGUACAGAGUCUCAGUUAUACGUGUGGCUGCAGUUUUUAUGUAGAUCACUUUAGGGUCUGUAAUCAUGUCUGUUAGUGCGACAGAGAGUGAUCUUCCUAGGUUUUUUGUUGGUGGUGAAGAUGGAGAUGAGCUUUUGGAUCGCAUUGGAUCAUCAGAAUUUGAGUCCUUCUUUGAGCAUGAAGAUGAGGAGUAUGAUUCUCCACCAGAAAGACAGAUCGUGGUUGGAAUAUGUUCUAUGGCAAAGAAGUCCAAAUCAAAACCGAUGAGUGAAAUUUUGGAGCGCCUUUCCAUGUUUAAGUAUAUCACAGUAGUAAUAUUCGAGGAGGAUGUGAUUUUGAAUGACAGUGUGGAAGACUGGCCUUUAUGUGAUUGUCUCAUUUCUUUUCAUUCUAAAGGGUUUCCAUUGGACAAAGCAGUUGCCUAUUCACAGCUCAGGAAUCCAUUUGUUAUUAAUGACUUGGAUAUGCAGUAUCACAUACAAGACAGGAGAGAAGUUUAUAGCAUUCUUCAAGCUGAAGGAAUUCUACUUCCUCGUUAUGCAGUUCUAAACCGCGAUCCAAACAAUCCCCAAGAAUGUAAUUUAAUUGAAGGAGAAGAUCACGUGGAAGUGAAUGGAGAGGUUUUCCAGAAACCAUUUGUAGAAAAGCCUGUCAGUGCUGAGGACCACAAUGUAUAUAUUUAUUAUCCAACAUCUGCUGGUGGUGGAAGUCAAAGGCUCUUUCGAAAAAUUGGCAGCAGAAGCAGUGUUUAUUCCCCUGAAAGUAGUGUGAGGAAAACAGGUUCAUACAUUUAUGAGGAAUUCAUGCCUACAGAUGGCACUGAUGUUAAGGUAUACACUGUAGGUCCAGACUAUGCACAUGCAGAAGCCCGUAAAUCCCCUGCUCUGGAUGGGAAAGUAGAGCGGGACAGUGAAGGGAAGGAAGUCAGAUAUCCAGUCAUCCUUAAUGCAAGAGAGAAGCUGAUAGCUUGGAAAGUAUGCCUUGCAUUUAAGCAAACAGUUUGUGGUUUUGAUUUGCUGCGUGCAAAUGGACAGUCCUAUGUAUGUGAUGUCAAUGGCUUCAGUUUUGUGAAGAAUUCCAUGAAAUAUUAUGAUGAUUGUGCUAAAAUCCUGGGAAAUAUUGUGAUGCGAGAACUUGCUCCACAGUUUCAGAUCCCGUGGUCCAUACCUUUAGAGGCAGAGGAUAUUCCUAUUGUGCCAACCACAUCUGGGACAAUGAUGGAACUUAGAUGUGUAAUUGCUGUUAUACGACAUGGAGACCGGACACCAAAACAAAAAAUGAAAAUGGAAGUUAAACAUCAAAAGUUUUUUGAUCUUUUUGAAAAAUGCAAUGGGUAUAAGUCUGGGAAACUGAAACUGAAAAAACCUCGACAAUUGCAGGAAGUACUUGAUAUUGCAAGACAGCUUUUAGUAGAGCUUGGACAAAACAAUGAUUCUGAAAUUGAAGAAAGCAAAGCUAAACUAGAACAGCUGAAGACAGUGCUGGAGAUGUAUGGGCAUUUUUCUGGCAUAAAUCGCAAAGUUCAGCUGACAUAUCUUCCGCAUGGUUGUCCCAAAACAUCUAGUGAAGAAGAAGACAGCCACAAAGAAGAACCAUCUCUACUCCUAGUUCUGAAAUGGGGAGGAGAACUGACACCUGCAGGCAGAGUUCAAGCAGAAGAACUCGGAAGAGCUUUCCGUUGCAUGUACCCAGGCGGACAGGGUGACUAUGCUGGAUUUCCUGGCUGUGGUUUACUUAGACUCCAUAGUACUUAUCGACAUGACCUCAAAAUAUAUGCUUCUGAUGAAGGAAGAGUUCAGAUGACUGCAGCAGCUUUUGCAAAGGGACUACUGGCAUUGGAAGGAGAGCUUACUCCUAUCCUUGUUCAGAUGGUCAAAAGUGCUAAUAUGAAUGGUCUACUUGACAAUGACAGUGAUUCUCUUAGUAGCUGUCAGCAUCGUGUCAAGGCACGCCUUCAUGAAAUACUCCAGAGAGACAGAGACUUUACUUCUGAAGACUAUGAAAAGCUGACACCAUCAGGCAACAUUUCUGUGAUAAAAUCAAUGCAAGCAAUAAAAAAUCCUGUUAAGACGUGUGACAAGGUAUAUUCCUUGAUCCAGAGUUUGACAUCUCAGAUCAGGCAACGGAUGGAAGAUCCUAAGUUUGCAGAUAUUCAACUUUACCACAGUGAAACAUUAGAACUAAUGCUGCGUAGAUGGGCCAAGCUUGAAAAGGAUUUUAAAACAAAGAAUGGAAGAUAUGACAUCAGUAAAAUUCCAGAUAUCUAUGAUUGUAUAAAAUAUGAUGUCCAGCAUAAUAUUUCUUUAAAACUAGAAAAUACAAUGGAACUAUACAGCUUGUCAAAGUCAUUGGCUGAUAUUGUGAUACCACAGGAAUAUGGUAUUUCUGAACCUGAAAAACUAGAGAUUGCUAAAGGUUACUGCAUUCCACUGCUGAGGAAAAUCCGCUCUGAUCUUCAGAGGACUCAGGAUGAUGAUACUGUAAACAAACUCCACCCUUUGUAUUCUAGAGGGGUUAUGUCUCCUGAGCGUCAUGUCCGAACUAGGCUUUACUUCACUAGUGAGAGUCAUGUCCAUUCCUUACUGUCAACUCUUCGUUAUGGUUCCUUAUGUGAUGCGUCAAAAGAUGAACAGUGGAAACGAGCUAUGGAUUAUCUAAAUGUUGUCAGUGAACUCAAUUAUAUGACCCAGAUUGUUAUCAUGCUGUAUGAGGAUCCAAACAAGGAGCUUUCAUCAGAAGAACGUUUCCACGUGGAGUUACACUUUAGUCCAGGAGCUAAAGGGUGUGAAGAGGAUAAAGAUUUACCAUCGGGUUUUGGAUAUAGACCUGCCUCUCGGGAGAAUGAUGGCUCAAAGAAAACUUCCCAUAGAAACGAUAGUGAUGAGGAAUCACAUACUUCUAAAAGAGAUGAACCUGACCGAUCUGUAAUGGUGUUCAAGCCAAUGGUGUCGGAUCCAAUUCAUAUACACAGAAAAUCACCCCUUCCAAGAGCGAGGAAAAUUGCUUCAGGGGAAGAAGAGAGCCCCCUGAGUGUGUCUAGCCCAGAGUGUAUUGGUACCUGGCUGCAUUACACCAGUGGUGUGGGUACUGGGCGUCGAAGACGCAGAUCAGGGGAACAAAUCACUUCUUCCCCUGUCUCCCCUAAAUCAUUGGCUUUUACAUCCAGUAUUUUUGGCUCAUGGCAACAGGUGCAGUUUAGGAGUAUUCAUUUGGCCCCACCAGACAACAAUAGUCAUUUCCGAACACCCAGAACUAUUGUGGAGCAAAAGACAAGUAGUAUAGGUUAUCACUAUGCGGGCCUGUUUAGCACCACUGUGCUCGGGGCUUCUUCAAGUGCACCUAACCUACAGGAUUAUGCUCGUACACAUCGUAAAAAGCUGACUACUUCUGGCUGCAUAGAUGACACCACACGUGGUUCUGCUGUUAAAAGGUUUUCUAUCUCAUUUGCUCGACACCCAACCAAUGAACAUCCAGACCUCUUUAGGUGCUGGUCGGUUUCCUCUGAGGAAUUUCUAGGCUCCAGUGAGCAGGUGGAGGGCUACAAACUAGACGAUGGAGGAGGACGGCAACAGCUUGGGGGAAGGGAUGGAUUCCUAGAUCUCACAAGGCGGCUUCUUGGUGCCAAAUCCUGGCAACACUUCUACAAUGGAGGGGGUUUUGAAUUGUAUUCCAUGGUGCCUUCCAUCUGUCCUCUAGAAACCCUCCAUAACUCCUUGUCGUUAAAGCAGGUGGAUGAAUUUCUUGCCUCCAUUGCUGCUGCUUCAUCUGAGAGUCUUCCACUAUCCGAAAGCUCUCUUCGUACUCCAUCACUUCUAGAUGUCAUGUCAUCAAGAAAAGGUUCCUUAAAUACAUAUACCCCUGCUAAAAUCCAGCCAACACCUUUCGAAGAAACAUUGGAUCGGCGAUGUGUGGAGAAAUGUCCUUCAGGUACUUCCACAUCCUGAUAUUUGACAGCAUCAUAAAAAGGCAUGGGUAACAUGUAUUACUGGGGAUUAAACUCUCUUAGAAGAAGUGAAGCACUUCAGGCAAAACUGGAAGGGCCUGCUGUUAACCAUCCUUUGCAGUGCACAUUGCUGUGUAGAAAAAAGUUUUUCAAAGGCUAUUUAUGUCUGUCUGUAGCAAUAUGUUUACCUUUACAUAAAAUGAUUGCUGUAGUGCAUAUAUUGUGUAUAUAUAUAUAUAGGUUAAAAUUUAUUUCUUUGUUUCUAAAAUAUCAAAAGCAAAGUUUACACCCAUCAUUUUAAGGAACUGUUCCUCAUUAACAAACUGCACAAAACAUUUUUCAUCUUUGUUGUCCUAAGUAUGCAUAAAACGCAACACCAAAACAGCCUAACUUAUUGGUUUGCAUUGCAGGAGCAGCUUGGAAGUAGACAGGAAGCAAAUAAGGAUUUCAAAAAGCCACACCUUCCUUUCUGGCCUGUAGCAGACAUUUAAAAAGGCCAGUAAAAGGAAGAAAAUCUUUUUUAUCAUGAAACCACAGUAACAUGACUCUUGUUAACAGAUGCCUUCUGAAUGGCCAGCUUCCCCUUUGAUGUCAAUUCAUUUUUUUAAUCUGGAUGAAAGGUGGGAAGCAUUUAAACCCUCAAACUCGGAAAAUCCAGCCCUCCCCAUCACUUACUGUAGAUAUCCUUACUCAAAACAUAAUUGGUAGAUUUCUAUUGAGGCAUCUAAGUUAUCAUCUAAUAAUUUAGAUACCAAUUAGAAGGUGUUAUGAGUUAAGCUAAGUUUAAGUUCAGAGAGAGCCCACAUUGGAGAUUGACUCGCAGUAUAAAACAGUAAUAUGAAAUAGUCAGAAUAACGUUUACCUUCCUUGCAACCUGACAAGACUCAGGGCAACUAAUAGCAACUGAAGUAGGGAACAUAAAGAUAUGAAAAUAUAAUCCUGCAGCACAAGAGCCAAUAAUUUCACAGAAAUUUUUUACUUCCAUUUCUGAAUGACUUGAUUGAUGGCCAUUUCACCAAGUUUUAAGGGACUCACUCCAUAUCAAUUAUUUUCUCCCUCCACAGCAUCUGUGAUAGGAGCAAGACUUUGUUCUUGACCCCUGUUCAUGCAGUCAUGCUAACACCAGGUGGAGCCAGGUGCUGGAUCUGAACCUUUUUCAGAGCCUAAAGAAUUCUUGUCUCCUGUCUCUCACAGUUAAGAAAUGGCUCCUGCAAGUCACCUCCUCCCCAUUGCUUUGAGGCGGCUAUAGAGAGUCACAUUUAUAGCAGCUGUGGUAACAGUAAUGCGGCUAAAGGUCUAUUGUCCAAAGUUUGGGUAUUCAUGAGUUAUGAGGUAAUUAUUAAUAUAUCAUUCUAAACUGGCACUUGGCAUACUGAAAUAUGGCCUGGGAGCAUUUCUUAUUGAAAUAUAUUUCUAAAGAAAAUAUUAUUUUGCUAUUCAACAUAAUUCCCUCUCCCCCCCCCCGCCCCGUUUAAAUGUAGACAAGCUGGGGUGAAUUAGGGAUGGUAUAUCCUUGAAUUUCCAUGUUCUUUUAUAUGUUUACAUUAGACCUUUGACAUUCAAAUAUAAUUUGAUUGUUAAUAUCUGUGCUUUAAGAUACGGAUUCUUGUCCUAAAGUAAAGGCAUCUCAUGUUUACAUUCUUAAUAUUCUUCUGUUUUGUUGAAAAGAUUACUUCCUUCAGAGGUUUCUGCAGAACACUGCUUAAAGAGCAGUCCACAUGUGGAUAAUGGAGCUUUAUAAGGAAAAGCAGAAACAGCUGGUCUGUUAAUAUUACAUGCUAGUAACUUGUAUAUCUAUAGAUGAUAUUGUUUGUCAAUUUUUUGUGAUAAAGGAAGUUGCAGCAUUAUGAAAGCUACGUAAUUACUGUUUCAAAUUGACUGAAGACUAGGACAUAAACCCAUCCACUUGUUACCAUCAUUGUCCUUUUAAUUUUUACUGUUAGCAGAUAGCAGUUAAAGACAGCUGAAGAUUGUAUUAGUGCCAUCAACAUCUUUAGCAGUUUGAAUUAUGCCUUUAAAAUAUUCAGGUACGUCAGUCAGCAUCUAAGUCAUCAGUUGUCCUAUGACUUCUCUUGUGGACUGAUGAAUAAUUGAAUGCCUACUCUCAAAUUUCUGAUAAAUGCAGAAACUAAUAUAAAUAAAUGACUCUCAUUAACAGCAAUAUUUUCCUGUUAAAUGGCAGGGCACCUAGCUUUAAAUAAAGUUGUUAAGAAUACAGGCUCUUAUUGUCAUCUAGCAAUGCUCCAUGAAAGGUGUAUUUGCUUCUUAAACUUGCCAUGACAUUGCUGUGCAUAUUUCAGUAAGUCACAUGAGACAUUCUUAAGUACUGUUUAAAAUACCAAAUAUAUAAUAAGUUUGCAACUUCUCAUUGUAAACAUUUCAUUUUAUAUAAUGUAAAUUUGUAAUAUGGACAAUGUUUGUCUUGUUUACCUCUGAAUGUAUGUCAUUUUACCAUUUUUCUAUAAGAAAAUGUUAGAAUCUGUGUGCAUAUCAUUCCAGUAAACCAAAGCUUUGGCAUAAAUUUUUGAUGUGCUCUUAAAUAAAAGAGAGUUGAGAAUACA